GUAAUUUAUUAAAAACCUCUUCGUUGACUGCGGUGGUGCGUUUCUGGUCGUCGUCGUCGCAAUCACUUGGAAUUAAAUCAAUUCGUUGGGGCGCGUGCAGACUGUUUAGAAUUCUUACGUUUUUAAUCGGAUCGGACAAGAUCGACCGCCAAAGCCAAAGUCGUGGUCCUAUUAAACUCGUGGCGCGCAUGCAAAUUUUUGGCAUAUAACAGCCGCGACUUCUUAGAGCGCACUAGUCAGAGCGGUUCCGCCGGGGCAGCAGCUACGUUAGUCCACUUGAGCUUCGCGCUGCAACCAAAGCAAACUCGAACAAAUCACCUGUGGAAAUUUCGUAAUCCCAUUCCAACCAGGAAUAUUUUGAUACCGGACGCGAGUGAAAGUGGUCAAGUGUUGGUACACCCAAGAGAAAAAGAAAAUUUGCCAUAUAAAUUGUGUCAGCAGUACAUCAUCAGAAAACAGAAGGCAAAACUAUCAUGAGUGGAUACACAGACCUCACCAAGCUGGAGACAAGUCGGAACUGCCUGCGCCGCAUCGCGCGUCACGACGAGCAGCAGUUUUCUAAAGACAGCAUCGUCAAUGUGAUGGAAAAGUUUGUAAAAACUGUCAACAUUAUGGACGACACCAUAUUGGUGCCAUGCAGGCUCAUGGAUCGACAGAUCGGCGACAGCACUGACAUCAUCCCAGCCAUCGGUAAAGACUCAACCGCCAACCAGCUAACACAGAGCUCCAGUGCCCAAGGAAAGCGGGGGGCAGCACAGUCAAAGAAUGUGCAAGACUUUCUUAGCGCAUCCGAGCUGUUUAACCUGUACAACAUGUUGAAUUCGCUAAAAAAGGAUUUGCUUUGGACCGCCAACCAGGAGGAUGACGAGCAGCUAAGCCAGCAUAAGCAGCAGCUCAACACCAGUCCCAAUUUAAAUUUCACUUCUAAUUGCAAUCCCAGCGAAAGCAAGACUGAGUCCAGCAGUGGAAGCCCCAGUACAACGGCUCCUGGUAGUUCCAAGGGCCAUGUGCGCCGAACCUCCACCGCCUCGAUGAUGUCAACCAACUCGGUAAGCAACAUGAGCGACUCGGACUCUGACAUCUCGCAGGAGAACGACUCCGGAUUGGAGUCGGACGGCAACAAGAGCGACAACGCGCAGAGCAGUGAUGGCAGCGAUAUCGUAGAUGUGGCUAAGUCCAAACAAGUGUCAGGAGAUAAGGCCACAGAGCUGGCACAACGCUGUCGGAGGCAUCUUAACGGUCUGUACCAGUGCCUGGAACAAAUGACAGAGGCGGCCAAUUACCUGACCGCCAGAUACCAAAGUGAUAUUGGGCCCGUCUAAGACGGCCAACUCAACUCCCGUUCGACCCUCUUAUCCUAAUCCUCCUACUUUUACACUUUCACUUCCUUUCGAGCUGGUCGGGGUUAACUUCAUAACAUAGCUGCGGGCGGGCCUUUACACUUAUUAGUAUCACGUGAGCCAAGUGUGAGGUUUAUAUUUAAAUAUAUCUAUAUCUUUAUCUGUAAAUCUAUAUCUAUGUAUAUGAUUAGGUAUGUAACUUGAGGGGGUGCUAACUUAGACAUAUGAGGAUCCUAUGUGUAAAGGAGGAUGUAUAAAUGUAUAGCUGAGAAUAAUAACUAACUGGUAGUUAGAGCAGCGGUAACGCAGCGCCUAAAGCAACAAAUCAACAACCGCUCUUUUGUAAAAAUUGAAACCUGUUCGUUGUGUCUCUCUUAUGGGUUUAAAAGGUAACCGAAAUCAAAAAUUCACAGAAUCCCGAUCAUUCCUUCUGUAAACGUUGGGGACUCUCUGCGUUUAAGUCAAAAAUAUUAUCCAUAGCGCAGCUGGGACCUCGACACAUUUAUCCCUAUUUCUUUAAAAUUGUAUUUUCAUAUAAAUACUGAGUACAUAGCUACGGGAACUGCAGAAGAACACUAAAACAAACCAUGUUCAAAGAGUACAAGAAAUUAAAUUUCUAACUAAAUUACGAAUACGAGCGUAAGUUAAGUGGGGGCAGGAUAUAUCGGAGGCAGCCCACUUUACUUUUAGUAUGUAUGCAAAUUUAUAGAUUCCACAAUUGUUAUUGUAAUUCUUUAAGCCAACUAUUUGUGCCGUUAUGUUACGUUUUCUUUUCGCAGCCAACAAGCGACAUCCAGUGGAUACAGGCAAAGUGGGAUGGUGAUGAAAAAUUCCUCAGUGAUUCUACCGAAAUUCAUUGAUCCACAUGGAUGUCACUAGUUAGGCAUUAAAGACCUCAGAGCAAACUGUAAAUUACUAACGUUAAUAGCGCUUGUGCGAGAGCUAAAAAAUAAUUAUUUAUACACAAUAAAUAAAUUUUACGUAGAAAAUAUA